UCCUGAAAAAAAGAAGUUAUGCAAGUCUGAAUCAGCGUUAUAAAAGCUGCCUGUUAUUCAACAAGAUGUUGUUAUAUAUUUCGUGUCCCGAAACGUUACGUGAGGUGCUUAGGCAUGAGAGGGAUAAACCUCUCACGAAUUGUUGCAGUUGGGUUAGCGGGAUUGUGCCUGACGACGGUGAGACGUUGUUUCCAGUCCGGUUCAGGAUCAUUUUGUGGCCAUUCAGCAGACCCAGUCAUGUCUUGUUCAACGUCGGUGAAGAAAGCGCGCAGUGAGUCUCUAUGGGGCCUUUUCACUGGUGACUCAUUGAGUAUGCCGGUCCAUUGGUACUACGACCCAGACGACAUCAAGCAAGAUUACGGGCAGUGGCUGAAAGGAUUUGUCGCCCCCAAGUCAAAACAUCCCUCAAGUAUUCUAACCAUCUCCGCUGUCGGUGGCGCCGGACGUAAUACAUUCGGAGAUCGUCCUGACACUGUGAUUGGCUCAGUGAUACUACACGAUAAACUGAAAUUCUGGCAGAGUAGGAGUAGAUCAGUUCAUUAUCACCAAGGCAUGAAAGCAGGUGACAGCACUUUGAAUGCAUGCGUAGCUGGUCAAACCGCCCUCACACUAUCCAGUUUAUACAACGAAGAACCAACGAUGGAUGACAGUGCACUAAGCAUGGUGCUAGCUGCUUAUGUCAAGUUUAUGACAACUCCAGGAUCGCACAGCGAUACCUACGCAGAGUCUUACCACAGGGAGUUCUUCAGGGAUUGGUUGGAGGAAGGUUCCCCAGUGGAAGCGGAAGAAGUGUUGAAAUUUGCCGAUCAAAGAGAUAAGCGGUUGCAGUCCGGUCACAUUGACCAUAAUAUUGACAGCAUUGGAGCAUUGAUUAUGCCGAUACCUGUCAUCAUGCAUUGUGCAAAUAUGAACAGCUCAGACGCAGUCAAGUACGCAGUAAGAUUGGUUUCCUUGACCCAUUGCUCAAGAAGUCUCAUCCCAUUCGUGGAGCUGUACUCCAAUGUACUCCAUAACGUCUUAAACGGAGCCAGUCUUAAAGAUGAGGCCCAAAGAGCAUUGGAGUCCUCCGUGCUAGGAGGAAGCUCUACGUGGAAAAGAGCUCAGAAGUAUUCAAAGACAGCAGCCAAAUAUCCAAUGGGGUCAGAGGGGAGACUACGAGUCUAUCAGGAGGCUGUAUCACACUUUGGAUUAGCAUGCUACAUUAAAGGGGCAGUCACUUCACUCUUCUUUCUUGCACAUGAGUUCCACGAUAACUUUGAAGCAGGCGUUCUCACCAAUACUAACUGUGGAGGAGAGAAUUGUCAUCGCGGUGGUGCCCUCGGAGCUCUUCUGGGAGCAGAGGCAGGGCGUACAGGGAAAGACGUCCCUAAGGCAUUCAAAUCUGGCCUUCAAAGUUCACAAGACGUGAUUCAGGAUAUCUUAGAUGGUUGGAAAUAAACUCAUUAAGCAAAAAUGUUUUUGUACAGUUCUUAAAAGAAAACUCCUCUAGCUAUUAGUAUUCUUAGAAUAUAAUUUCCAAUUUGAAUGCGCAAGUUAUUCGCUUGUAUUUAUAUUGGUUGAAAUCAAGUAAAUAAACCACAAAUGGCAAUUUUGUUGCACAUAGCCAUUGUUAUUUGGUUGUCUUUAUAUAAUAUUUUGGGAACUAAAAAACAAACUCUGGUGUUCCUAAUCAACAGGGUGUGGGUUCGAGUCCUGGUCGUAGCACUUUUGUUCUUGAGUAUGACACUUAAUCAGUGCAUUUAUCAAAAAAAAAAGAAUGGGAUUGCAUCGGUGUUCCUAAUAUGAUUGGCUAGCAUGCCUUGUUACAUUGCACCUUGUUACAUGGUGAUAAAGGAACAAGUUGCCUUGGAUCGGUCGAGUUGGUCUUUGAAAAGCGUUUGUAACCGUCUG